UCGCAAUUACAUACAAUAAGUUCAAUAAACUGAUGAACUUUUUAUUCAUCUUUUUAUAUAGGAGUAUAAAUGAUCUUUGUCAUAUUUGUAGUGUAGGUCUACCAAAAAUAAAGCUAAACUAAACUCCGAAGGGUGAUCAACCGCCUAAUUACACAGUAAAUAUACAUUAGGGUGAUCAAUCACACCUAGAUUACAUAAUACAAGACUAAAUUAAUAUUGGAAAGAGAUAAUGGAGAACAAGAGAGAGAGGCAGUGAGAUAGAAAUCUAGAAUGGUUGGAGCUCUGAUGAAUAGUCGGUAUGUCAAUGCUGAAAAUUAUACAUGUGGACGGGCCGGCCAUGGGCCUUUAUUUAAUAUUGGGCCGACAUAAUUUCCAAUAUUGGCAACCGAACAGCAACUUCGAUCUCUAUACGAAUGUCGUUGCUAAUUGGAGAGACAGUCUCUACUUGAUCAUGGCUCCCGACCCUCCCACACCGCAGGAGCUUCCUCAAGUUUUCAGAGAUCCGAUGAUGGAAUUCUCGGAGCAAGCUAAGAAUGUGGGGAUCGGUGUGUUUGAGUUGUUGUGUGAGGGUCUUGGAUUGAAGAAGAGUCACAUGUUAGACAUGUGGUGUGCCAAGGGAGAGUUUCUUGCUUGUAAUUACUAUCCGGCUCUGACUUUUCUGCUGCAGGACGAAAUCGGGGGCAUACAGGUCCUGCACAAGGAUCGGUGGGUUGAUGUGCCACCUUCCCCCGGAUCUCUUCUCGUGAUCUCCGGAGAUAUGAUGGAGUUGAUCACAAAUGCUAGGUUUAAGAGCGCCUACCACAGAGUAGCGGCGAAGAAUUUGGGCCCCAGAAUCUCGGUGGCGUUCGUGUUCAGGAUGCAUGUCGCAGGAAGCGGGAGCUCCCGGCUUUAUGGGCCGAUCAAGGAGCUCCUGUCCAAAAAUAAUCCACCCAUUUAUAGAGAAGCCAAAGGAGAAGAGAUCGUUGUGUGUCGAUAUGCGAAAGGAAUCGAGAAGACUCCUUUACUGUGGUAUUUCAAGCUCAAUAAUACACAACAGCCUUAAUCAGUGAAUGAAGUGCAUUGCAUUUCAAUCAUAUUCAUCAUCACCAUGUACUAUUUGUGUGCCUAUUUCUUUUCUAUUCUUUAUCAAAUAAAAUGUCUUUCUUUUCAUGAA